AUGGAGAGUGAAGAUCGAGAGCGUCCGGGGCAGGUCUCGGAAUCCCCUCAGUCGCCGUCGCCGCUGCCUGUCGUUGUGACACCAAGGCCGCAGUCUCCCGGGGGGCUAUCCGCGACACCUUCGGAGCAGGGCAUUUCGGGAGCAAGCCCCGGGAGCUCCUUUUCCGAAGAAGAUCUCUUCGAGCCGGUCUCUUUGCGCGAUCUUGAUACGGGCGCCCCUCCCGACCCGGGUCCGAAUGCCUCGAGCGAUUCCGUUCGUUCUUCCAACUCCGAGGAAAUGAGUCGCUCGUUGGGCAACGACGCGGCAUUGGAUAUGUUCUCUGUUGCCGUCGCAGAGAUGGAUCGUGCCUCCAGUCCGUCAUCCUCGGAUAGAGCCGUAAAGCCGUCAUCCUCAUCAGUGAGUUUUGAUUCAUACUCUUCUCCCGUGGAUUCGCCACAGAAGCCAAGGGCGAGGCUGGCAAUGCCAAACCUUCCUACAGAGUUGCUUCAUCUGGUUGACUCCGCAAUCAUGGGCUCUGUGGAGAGCUUGGAGAGGUUGAAGGACGCGGUCUUGAAUGGGGGUGAAUUUGAGGGCAUCUCGAGGUCUGUGGUGGAUGCAAUUCUUGCGACGAUGGGUGUUGACAGCCUUGACGAGUCUACCAGCAGCAGAGACGGCACCAGUGCUCCGAGUGUGAUGGCUAGCUCUCGGGCUGCAGUCGUCGGUGCAGAGCUGAUCCCGUCUCUCCCUUGGGAGGGGGAUUCGGAUAGUUGGAUGUCCCCAAGGACGAGGAUGGUCAGGGGAUUGCUUUCGAUUUUGAGUGCUUGCACCCGAAACCGGGCAAUGUGCUCGGCAUCUGGCUUGCUCAGAGUGCUGUUGGGAUGCAUAGAAAGGUUAUCCAAAAGUUCCAUCAACGAAACUUCUUGGGAAACGGCGCCAUUGUGCCAAUGCAUUCAAGUUUUAGCUCAGCAUUCUACGAGUUCUUCUGAUCUCCAUCACUGGCUUGUUGUGUUGAGGAAAAUGCUCGGAACGGAUUGGGCAACUUGGAUGAUGUUGGCACUUGAGAAGGCUAUAUCGGGUGAGGAAGGCCGGGGUCCCAGAUGUACUUUCGAGUUUGACGGUGAAAGUUCUGGCCUGCUUGGUCCAGGAGAUAGCCGGUGGCCAUUCUCCAAUGGUUAUGCAUUCGCCACUUGGAUUUACAUUGAGUCAUUUGCAGAUACUUUGAAUACAGCCACUGCUGCUGCUGCUAUUGCUGCAGCGGCAGCAGCCAAGUCAGGAAAGUCUUCUGCCAUGUCAGCUGCUGCAGCUGCUAGCGCACUCGCUGGAGAAGGGAUUGCUCACAUGCCCAGACUUUUCAGUUUCUUAUCAUCUGAUAAUCAUGGUAUUGAAACUUAUUUCCAUGGUCAGUUCUUGGUCGUUGAAAUCAGUGGUGGAAAGGGAAAGAAAGCUUCUCUCCAUUUCACCUACGCCUUCAAGCCUCAGCGCUGGUACUUCGUUGGCCUGGAACAUACUUGUAAGCAGGCUCUGAUUGGGAAAUCGGAGAGUGAACUGAGGCUAUACGUGGACGGGAACUUAUAUGAGAGUCGCCCCUUUGAGUUUCCACGUAUAUCAAAGCCGCUUGCUUUUUGCUGUAUUGGGACAAACCCUCCUCCUACAAUGGCUGGUUUGCAGCGUCGACGACGUCAGUGCCCACUUUUUGCUGAGAUGGGGACUGUGUAUAUAUUUAAAGAACCUAUUGGGUCAGAAAGGAUGUCACAACUAGCCUCAAGAGGACGAGAUGCUUUGCCUAGUUUUGGUAAUGGGGCAGGUUCAGCUUGGUUGGGGAUAAAUGACCAAAUGAGGAAUCUGGCUGAAGAAAGUUCAUCAUUGGAUUCUGAGAUUGGAGGCAGCGUGCAUCUUUUAUAUCACCCUAUUUUGCUCAAUGGGAAAUUCUGUCCAGAUGCUUCCCCCUCUGGUGCUGCAGGUUGGUCCAAUAUGUUAUCUUCAUUUCCUAUGAUCUGCCAGCGAUGUGAGAUGGAUGAUAUCGCAUUUAAUGUUAUUGGAAAAUCAUCUCAACUGUUUCUCCCUCAACUCAUAUGGCAUUAAAAUCUAUGAGAAAUUUCUCGAGGGAUUCCAAACCAUCUGUCAUAACAAUCUUGUGAAUAAUGCGCAGGCUGAUGUGUCUCAUCCAUCAAACAUGUAGAUUUUAUCUAAAAACUCCAUCCAGACCUCAUGCUGGGGAUGAAAUCACGUGUACAUAUUCUUAGUAUACCAGGACUUCACAAACUUUAUGCACUGACUUGCAAGGGUUAAAAGCAAAGUAAUAAUAAUAAUAAAUAUAUAUGUAGAAUAAGGUUGUUUAGUGAUAGUAACCUUUUCCUCAUCUGGGUUCUAAUCCACAGCUCUAAAUGGACAACUUGUACAGAUAAAUAUCAGAUCUGAGAAUAGGGAUUCUUUAUUAUGUUAAUCAGUGAGAAUUUUGGCACCUAUUUUGAAUUAGAUGUUAAGCCAUUUUUCUUGGCUUCACCUCAACCCUUUUCCAACUAAUAUAUCCCAUUCACUCUCUUCCUUGCCACCUGAAUAUAACUUUGGGAGAAAACUAUUGAUCCUUAAGGUUUCAGGCUAUUAUAAUGGGAUAAGGUUUAGGGGAAAGGUGGAGAGUGUCAAUACACAAAGCGAUAGUAUCGCAUAAUACCUAGGCUUAUCUCCUAGAAAGGAGCAACAAUUGACAGUAUUAUUUUUCUUCUUCCUUUCUGAAUAAGGUGGAGGAAGUGAUUCUAUCCAAAUGAUGAGCCUGCCGAUCAUAGCCAGGAAGAUGUUUUUCUGAAAUUUUCAGCAACAAGAUCUUCCCUUUCAAAGUAUAUAGUAUCUGCUAAAUCCAAGAUACCACCCGAUGCUUGAUUCCCCUGUUCAUUAAUAUUCGGUGGGUUGGUUUUACUGUGAACUUCUUCAAACUUGGAGAUUUUUCACUCAAAGUAAAUAUGUUUUGCAGGAAAUAGCUUUUUAACAUUCAGAAAUCUUCAAUGGAACCGUAGUCUUUGUUUUAUUGCUUAUUAGAUUCUAGUGCAUCCUGAAUAUCUUAGGAUUUUACCACAAACUAUCGAUUAUCAUUGGUUUCUUAAUAAUCUAGCUGAUUUUUGAGGGCUUUGAGUUUAUAAUUCUGUAUGUCGAUUAUGCCCUGGUGGUGGGAUAUGCCUGCUCUAUGAACAGAAAUACGGAUCAUGAGAUAUUGGGUUGAGGGGUAAAUUGGAGCUCUCAACAAGACUGUGACUGUAAAUGAUGCUUAUUGAAUGAACUGGAUAUGUCAUAAUGGACUGGGUUAUCUCACGCCAUUAUUUCUAUCCUCUGUACCACUGUGAUUCCGCCGUAUCUUUUAUAAUAAGUUUUCCUGAUGAAAUAAACUCUUUCUCAAUUUAAAAGAGAUUCUGAAUCUCAAGCACUUAAAUUUGUUUCAAGCUUCUGGAAAGGAAUGUCUUCGUUUGUGUUACAGAGAUGUAAAGAUAAAAUUAUAAGAGAAGAUCACAGUAGCAAUUUCACUAUUUGCAUUUAGACAUUCACAAUUUAGAUUUUUGAUAAUUCCCUGCUUCUGAAAAAUUUCGUUGGAGUGGGAGCUAGCCACUGAAACAAUGCUUGUACUAAGAUUGUCCCAAGUACAUUACCUUUAGUGGUUCCUGAUCAUUGGUCUUUGAUCAUCUGUAACUGUUUUUUCUUGUUUUAGUUGAAUGCAUUGGGGCUAGGAAAUUUUCUUUAAUUUGACUCUAGGCCAAAGAUAGUGUAUAGGUUUUGGUAUACUUGUGUUACAUCAAAUUUUAUUAUUAUUUGCUUCUGUAUGUCCUUUCCCCCGUUGAUCAUAGUCCUCAUGAAGUAGCAUCAGAAAGGAGUUUUGGGGGUCUUCUUCAUUAACGCAAAAUUCCACGAGAGCUAGUCCAAAUUAGGUUUGACAUAUCAGAUAUUAGGCUGAUCUAAUCAUCUGAGUUUUAUGCUUAGCCUAAAUUUCAAGGAAUGUGACCAUGAAGAUGGUUUGAAGACUACAAUUAUUAUCCCAUGGGACUCAGCAAUUAUAAGAAAGAAGCAAUAAUGUGACCGUCGAAAAGUGUGGGUGGAUUGGGCUCACUCAACAAAAGGAAAAAAAUAGAAUCAAUCCAGAAAACAUCAACGCUUUGGAUAUAAGAAUUGUGUGACAUCUGACUGCUCAAUGAGAUUCCUGAGGCCCAGCUUGUGGCUUGCAUCCUUGUCGUUUGUUGCAGCUGGUUGUGCAAAGCACGUUAAUAUUCUUGAUAGCAAAGAUUCAGUGGAGGUAUUUAAAGAUGAUUAUACAGAGGGAUAAUUGAGACUGAUUGAAAUGAGAGUCCGCUAGUUGAAAAAGUCGUCGUUCUUCUGGACCUUAUAGACAUAUGGGAGCAUUUUCUUUUAAGGGGAGUGUCAUUUUCGCAAGUGUCAUUGUCCAGAACGAAUAAGAAACUUUCGUAGGCCAGUGUCAGCUCCUGUUUAAUGUAAGAUUAUCAUUUUGUAGCACUGACAUAAAAAACACAUCCUGUUAGAGGCAUUCGUUCCUCUGGGCUCCUCACAAAUACGUUAAAUUGAUGGGACAAGCCUUCAAGACAGUAUUGUAAGCACGCCAAUAACUUUGCACUUUGAAUGAAGAAAAUAUAAUGAAGCCUGAAAGUCCUAUGAUUCGUACUUUGUUUUCUGUAGAAUGGUUAUUUUGACUACAGGGAAGUUUAGUUUUUUUAUCAUUUUUAUGAUAUCUCUUGAAUAUGAAUUUCUUUUGUGAUGAAUUUUUCUCCUCUGCUUUUUGAUACUGUAUGCGGAUUAACUAUCAAGUGUCUUUUUUUUAUUAUUGUUGUCAUUUUAUUUACUAUCAAGUACCUCUUUUUAAGGUACACAACGUAGACCUGCUGAGGUCCUUGGGCAGGUUCAUGUUGCCAUUCGGGUACGUCCUGCAGACUCACUUUGGGCUUUGUUCAAUGGUGGUCCAAUGGCUUUGCUUCCACUUGUAGUUAGCAACGUGCAAAGGGAUACCUUGGAACCAGUUCCCAGCAAUUCUCCAUUGUCUCUUGCCAUUUUUUCACUUGCUGCACCCAUAUUCAGGAUUAUUUCUUUGGCUGUAGAACAUGCUGGGAAUAAUGAAGAGUUUUUCCACUAUCGUGGCCCUGAAGUCUUGUCAAGAGUUCUGCAUUAUCUUCUGCAGUGUUUGUCUUUAUCAGACCAAGGAAGACAAGGUGGAUUGAAUGACGAGGAACUUGUUUCUGCUGUUGUAUCUCUUUGUCAAUCUCUGAAAAACCAUUCGCUAAAAGUUCAACUUUUUAGUUCUUUGUUGUUGGACUUGAAAAUGUGGAGUACAUGUAACUAUGGGUUGCAGAAGAAGCUUCUAUCCUCACUUGCAGACUUGGUAUUUACAGAGUCAUCAGUUAUGCGCGACGCAAAUGCUGUGCAGAUGCUUCUUGAUGGUUGCAGGAGAUGCUAUUGGCUUGUCCGUGAAAAGGACUCUGCAGAUACAUUCUCACUACGCAAUACACCGAGGCCAAUGCAUGAAGUGAAUGCUUUGGUUGAUGAACUCUUGGUUAUUAUUGAACUUCUAAUCGGUGCAGCUUCUCCUUCAUUGGCAGCUGAUGACGUUUCAUGCCUGAUAGGUUUCCUUGUAGACUGUCAACAACCCAAUCAGGUAGAAUAUGAAAAAAAUAUCGGUUCAUUCUGCUCAGAAUUUGUUUAUCAUUCUAAUUUGAUCGUAGAAAUGUUAAUAUAAAUUUGUCGACACAUUCAGUUUUUCUGUAUAUGUUAUGGUAAGUAUUCCCUAGAGCAUCAUAGCUUUUUAUAACCUACGGAAUAUUCCUCUUCUCUCUUUCUCUCGAUUUUUUUUUCUCCAGUUUUGAGCAAUGUUCCAUGUUUUUCACUUUUCAUAACUGUUGAUGAAAGCUUUCAAGUGAGAGCGUGAUGAACUUGGCUAAGGCAUCUAUAUUAUGUGUUCGUUAACUGAAUUGACUGUAUUGAGGGUAGGAUAGUCAAAUGAAUGGCCUAGAGUGAAUUCAACAUCCUGUACAUCGUGAUAAAGCUGAGAAAUAUCUGUAAAUCCUGUAUGUUUGUCUAGGAGUCUGACGUAAUGAAUGCUAUUAUGUGUUUCUUUUCUGUUCGAUUUUAACUUUUAUCUAAUCGAUAUGCUAAAUGAGUGGUAUCUUGUCUAGUUGUUAGUCAAAGGUUUCUGGGGAAAUGGAAAGACUUCAUCUCUUUAGAGGUUCUUUGGUAGCUUGAAUCUGCAAGCAGAUUUUGGCAGAUUGUACAUCAGCAAGAAUUUCGUUGUUCACAUUCUGGAAGAUGUGAUCACGACGUUGUGGGUCCUAUUGUGACCUUAGAAUACAAUACCCAAAACUGAAGACGAGUUCUCAAAUAGGAGGAGAGAUGCCUCAUUUUGGAAAGCUUUAGUUUGACAUUCAAGCUAUGGGGGAGGGGGGUGAAGGAGAGUAGGGUAGUAGAGGAAGGUAAUACCUCAUAGAAUAUUGGCAUUUUGAAAGAUUCAUUUUUUUUUUCCACCAUGCAUUUACUUUUAGAAAAUAAUUGAUGUGAUUUGUUUUAACGCAUAUUUGAAUUUUAUUUUUCAUGUUCCAGUAUAUUGUCUAAGGUUAGCUAUAUUUCGUUCCAUUUCUGUUUGAUAUCCAUUCAAAUUUAAUAAGCGAUGUUAACUAGGCCAAGAGCACCUCCUUUAGUUUCUACAGCCGGUAGACCAAAAUGACUUUUCUGUUAGAGUUUGAUUUUUUUUGUUUCUUCUAUAGAAAUUACUUUAUUCAAUGUUGUUUUUUUUCCUGAAAUCACGUGUUCCUGGCCAUAUCACCUUUGUUCUCUGAACGAUUUAAACACGAAAUGCUUGAAUAUAGGAAUUUUAUAGAAAAGAUGCGGAUACUCUCCUGGGAAUCUCGAUGAAACAGAUACUGCAAUAUAUUUUAUGGACCUGAUUUAGAUCUGAGAGGUUUCUAAUCCACAAGGUUUUAGAUGUGUGGCAUUUUUCUAUGCAUAAUCUGAAGAAAUGAGGCUUAAGGAUUUGUUGAUGGAGGGAAGAGGGAUAAGUAUAAGUUUGUUACAUGUUAGUUCAAGCUGACUAGCAAUAUAAAUUUAGACUAUGAUGCAGGGGGGAUCAUAAUCAGUUCACCGUAUGCAUAGAAGAAGCUUCAGUGGAAGGACAGAUACUCUACAAUUUCGCAUGGAUGAUUUUCUCUGUGAGUGAAAGGGAGGAAAAGACGUGCCCAUGGAAUCAUCAAUAUUAAGUAGUCCAUAAGUUCUAGUUAUUUUAAUGGAGUUUGCUAGAUGUGGCAACAUCUUUGAAUGAAUUUUUUUAACAUAUUCUGUUUCUUACUGUUCACUGUUUAUCGUUCUUUCCAUGUUGGCAAGUAGUCCAUAAGAGUGUUUAGGCUCAAAAUUUCUCCUCAUUCCUUUGUGAGCCUAUUUACGAAUGUUUUGUUUUGCUGCUUCAGUUUGAAUAUCAACACAAUUAUUUUUCAUUUCUUUGACUGAAAAUUCAUUUCCAGCAACAUUGAUUUAUUAAUUUUUAAGUUCUUCAUGGGUUUGUAUUGUACAUUCCAUUAAGCUUUGUUAUUUUAGUAGCAUAAAAAUUACUUGUUGCAAUAGAUUUCGUUUGUAUUUUCCUAAGAACAUGAACGGCUAACUUUUUCCUUAAUUCUCAAUCAUUUUUUUUGCUUUUAUAAUAAAUGUUAUUAAAGUUAGUUUUCUUGAAGUUGGAAGCAUUUUGCUAAUCAUCAUCACUCUCCAGGUUGCUAGGAUAUUGCACCUAAUUUACAGACUCGUUGUACAGCCAAAUGCAUCCAGGGCUCAUGCAUUUGCGGAUACAUUCAUCUCUUCAGAAGGGAUAGAAACACUUCUCGUCCUUCUACAACAAGAAGCCAAAUCCGAUAAGCAAAAUACUUUUGAUAACCUGAAUGUGAACAACUGUGAAAAAUCUUCUGUGGAUUUUGGACUUGAAAUUGGAAGCCCCACUUGUCAUUAUCAUGAACAUACAGAAUCACUUGAGGAACCGGGAGCUAUUUCUCAGGGUGGCUUUCUGCUAGAAUCCUUAAAUGGUCGUGGUACUAAGCCUUCUGCUGAUAAUCAAGUGUUAAAGAGCUUAGGUGGUGUGAAUUUCUCAAUAAGUGCUCAGAGUACCAGAAAUUCUUUAUACAGUGUUGAUAACGGUGAUGGUAUUGUUGUUGGGGUGAUCAGUUUGUUGGGUGCUCUCGUGACAUCUGGUCGUUUGAAAUUUGGUUCAUCUAUUCCAAAAGCUUCGAGCAACAACUCAAAUAUUGUGCUGACAGAAGAUGGAAGUACCAUGUUCAGUGACAAAAUCUCUUUAUUGCUUUUUGCCCUACAAAAAGCCUUUCAAGCAGCACCACAAAGGCUGAUGACGACAAAUGUCUACACGUCUUUAUUGAGUGCAACGGUAUUACUGUUAUUUCUUGAAACAGUUUUGGAGUUGUUUGUCAGAAAUGUCUCCUUUCUCAUGUGAUUUAUCUGUUAGGAACUGGUCCAAUAGUUCAUACCGGCAGUUCCACAGAAUAUAACCAUCAGCAUGAGGUGUGCAGGAUGCACUAUUAUCCAUGUUGCCUAAUCUAGGGGACGGUCAUUCUCAAUUUGCAGCUGGUCUGUACUUCGCAGCAUUAUAUCAUCAACUUGAAUAAUUAUGAAAAUAGUGAUUUAAAUCUCCUGGAGAAAGAUUACUUCUUGGGGAAGUUUCGUGUAGCAUAUAGCUGGGGCGUUUUCAGAAUUUUCUUAUGGUUUUAGUAGAUAGGCGUCACAAAUAGUUCUAGGCAACUAGAAGUUUCUCGUUUUGAUUUCUUGAUUUCACAGCUACAGAAUUUUCAAUUUAGUAUAUUAUGGGAAUCCAAUUGGACAAGAGAAGUUGAUUGCUCAUCAAUAUUUCAUAUUUAUAUUUCUUUACGCUUUCAUUCUCUUUUGGUCGGUUUUUGGUAGCUUUCAUGACAUCACGCGACACUGCACUCUAGGAGGGCAGUGCAUUUGAAGUACAUAGGGAAGGAAGCCAAAAACAUGCAGCCUUUGGUCACUUUGGGCACAGAUAUUGCCAUUUUUAUCACCUUGAGCAUCUUAUGAAAUUAUUAGUUUGCCAACAAUGUUCUGGGCGGACCAAUUGCAAGGGAAGGAAUCGAAGGAGGUGGGCAUUUUGGAAGUCCUUAGAAGAUUCUUAGGAGAGCUUCUUAUAGAGGACUGGUUUUGGCCUACCAGUAAUGAGCAUUCUUAGCUAAUGCUUGAUAUUACGAGAUGGAAAACUUCAAAGGAUGUAGUGCCCUAAUACCUGACUUAAAUCUCAGAAAUGAAUAGUUCGGUGAGAAAGGGUGAGAUAGUCUUUUCUUUUUGACUUGCUUCAUCAGAACGAUGUAAAGGCAGUUUUUGGGUCACUGGGGCCUUUCUAAUUGAAAAUUUCUUCUUCAUUAAUGUAUUAUAUCAUGUUCCUCUUCCUCAUGAUCAAUUUCUGUACAUGUAGAGGAUCGUUUGGAUUGUCGACCUCAAUGAAAUUUGGGCUGACUGGUGUUUUAUUCAUCAUGUGAACUUUUUGUACCCUGAUAGUGGCCUGAAACUUAUGCUUGCCAACUAAGAGCUGCCAUAUCCAUUACCCUUCAAAGUUCUCAUUAAUUUUUGUUAUAGACUAUUAUAAAUGUGUACUAGGUCCGCUACCAUGGAUACACUUACGAAAACAUCGGUCAAAAAAACCAUUUUUAUUCAUUUAACAUAGCCAAUAUCUAAUGUUGUAUCCAUGCUCUUGGAUAUGUAAAUUUCUCCCUUAUUAACUUGGUGAAGAUACGUUGCAAAGAAAUCAAGAAUCUUCGGAAAAUCGUCUCCAAGGUGUCUGGCAUUUCAUCAUAAGGAGUUUUGCUGUAUUGUUCUUUAAUCCCCUUCUAAAAUACAAUGAGACUGGCUGGGCUGCCUUUUUUUUAUGAUACAUAUAUGAUACUAGCUGAAUUUGGAUCAUAUCCAAGAUCGAGUUGGUCCGUUUUAGAUCUGGAUUAGUCAAAUUAGUAGUUUUGGUUCGGACUAAAGAUGAAAAUGAGCAUCUUUAAGCCGUUUUUCUGUAUAUCUUCAAGUACAAAUAAUUAUUUGGAAAUAAGUGUUUGUGCGGUAAGUUGAAUAGGGUGAUUCUUACAGCACUCCAUUUGCUGUUUAUCGCUCUGCACCCAUCUCUGGGGGGGGGGCUCAAUAAAAUACCCUAUGAGAUCGUGCCAAUGAGUGGUGGCAAAGCAAGUCUUUCGUCUUUUCUUCUUUUUCUGUUGCUGCUAGUGACCUUUCUCCUCUCUUCUUCUCUGAAUGUAUAUAACUUCUCUUUCCUUAUUCAUCUUUUUCUUUUCUUUUCUUUUCUUCUUUUGGCUCUUCUUUAAGGACUCGACUUGGCAGGAAUUAGUUGAUUAAUUUUUUAGGGACUUAGCCUAGUAAGAUGAGCUGAUUAAUAUCUUUCUUUUUUAUUUUUGAAAUUUCAUGUAGUGAUGGGGCUUUUCCCUGUGAAGUAGGAUGACACUUUCCCAUCGAUUUGUAGUUCAGGGUAUUAGCUGCAUAGAUUCUGAUGAUGCUCCGCGUCCAUUGUAGAUACUGUUUCGUGACACUCGAUCAGGAAAUAUACUUAACCGAAGGUAUCCAUUUUUAUCGGUUUCUAGAUGUCUUCUCAUUGAUUAAUUUUGUUCAUGUAAUUCUGUUACCAUUUCAUCUGAUUUAUUGCGAUUAUCAUUUUCAUUUUAUUCUACUCAGAGUUUUCACCGAACGAAAAUAUUGAAUUUAUGAUUUCCUUCACAUGUUAAACGUAAUGAUCACAUAUGCUUUUUUCUUCGUUCUGCGCUUGAAUUUGAAUAUAUGCUGAUUUUAACGGCUUCAAUCAAUAGUCGUCUUACUGGUUUUUGCAGCAUACUUAAUUUCGUCUUUAUAAAUUGUAUCUAUGAUUAUCUGUGAUUUCUAAUUCUCAUACAUGAUGAUUGCAGAUUAAUGUUUCCUCAGCAGAUGAUGGCCUGAACCUUUAUGACUCUGGUCAUCGUUUUGAGCAUUUAGAACUCUUACUGGUUCUCCUCCAUUCACUUCCGUACGCAUCAAGAGGAUUUCAAGUUCGCGCUAUUCAGGUGUGCUCAUCAAGAUCUUCGUUUAAUAAGAUUUCGCUUAACCUUUAGCUCUUGGUGGAAAACAUCUCUGUCUUUGAGUUUUCUCAGUAUCUACCAUGUUGAACGUUGGUUCCUGAUCUUAUUUUUACUCUCUACUCAACCAUGAUAUCAUAACUUGGAAGCUAUCAGUAACGUCGUUUUGGAAUUAAAUGAUUGGUUUUAUGGGAGUCUUGAGGAAGUAUUGCACUGACGUUUCAGUUUGAGCUGUUUAAUGACCCUGCACCCUAGUAAUUGAUAUAACUUCCUGUAGUUUCAUUUUUAUGGUCACUGAUAAGUCAAAUUAUAUCGACUUCUGCAUCUGUAUGGGUUACCAUUGUUAUCCACAAUUAGUUCAAGGCUCAUGUCUUUCUUUACUGGAAAGAUUCGGGUGUAUAAUUGUUUGAUGUUGACCACAUUUUUUUCGUGUGAUCUAUGCUAAUUUAUAUGCAUAUCUUUGUAUCUGAUAACACCACUAUAACUAAUUAUUGAAGAAGCACAUAAAUUAUAUGGACUGCAUGGAUGUUGCUGAAAGGAGCCUUUCAUGGGAGACAACAUUUUUGAGAGGGGGACUGUUACUAGGGUUAUCAUAGUCCUAACAAUCAGUCAUUUUUCCCGCCCUCGAUGAACUUUAUGCAAGAUCCCAUUUGUUUUCAUUUGUGGUGUAUGAAUUUUUAUUCGCAUGCUAUUUAUUCCUGUAUCGAUUGAAUGGAUUUACAUAAAUAGCUAGUUUCUUUUUGAUAAUUUUCUUGUACGCAUGAUCUAAAGUUUUAAGAAACAAAUUGAGAUACUUGCUGGAAUGAAUAUCUCAUCAUAUCGUGCUCACGUAUUAGAGAGGGUAAUGAUUUUCUGUAAUGUAAAGAUAAACGAGUGGCCUAAUUUUAAUAGUGCUGAUUUCUUAGGAUUGCCUGCGCUCUCCUUAUGCAGGCUUCGUCUUGGUCAUAUAUAGGGAGAUUUCCUUUCUUUUGUGAAAUCUUCUCUAUAGACGAUCAUGUGGUACUAUUCACUUGAAAAAAAGUAAUCCUUUUAAACUCCUGAUAUUCUUUUGCACGGGUUUGUUCUUGGUUCUGAAACGAAUCCUUAGAUAACAUGAUAAAAAAAAUUCCAGAAACUAAGUGGUGUACGAUUCCGGAAAUAUGUUAUCGACUGAUUUGUAGGUUCCUGACAAGACAAUUAAUACAAUGGAAAGUCUACUGCAAGGUAUGGGUGACACAGCCUGUGGUGUGGUACACGUGGAAUCAACGCUUGUAGGUGAUGUGAAGGUGGGGUGAAAUCCAUUCUUUUACUGUGUUAGACAAAUGCUGUGGUUUGUGGUUGAUGUAAGCUAUAUCGUGUAGUGCGGUUAGGGCUCAACAACUGAUGUUAUUGCGUCAGGGUUUGGGUUGGUGUAGUCUGUGGGAGCAUGGUUUCUUUUAUUGAAUGACAGUGUGACAUGCCAAAGAUGUGUCUCACAAAAAGAUUCUAUUGAAAGUGGCAGGCUGUCGCAUGAAAUGUUGUGGCGCGCAGCGAAUAUGAGCAGAUUGAAAUCGAGAGAUAGAUUGAGGUUGACUGAAAUCUGAUGGGGAGGUAUGGGUGGGUGGAAGGCUGCAUUAUAGCCACAGUGGUUCGUGGGCCCAUCAGAAUCUGGCCAUUCUCAAAUGAUAAUAUUUGUUUGGGAAUCGCUUGUAGUAUACCUGUUAGCUUGCUCUUUUUCUUAAGUCUGAUUUUUUUCAUCAUUCUACCAUUUUUUUUCUGUUCACUUGCGUUUUUUUCUCCAUUAUUUGUUCAUCACUCUUAAGUCCGGAAUGUCAUAUAAUUAAUAUUCUUGUGUGAUGUUUUAGCUUAAAAUGCAAAAGGUGUCAUCUAGGAGACGGACAGUUAUUAGAAUGGGAAGAGAUGCUGUUAGACUGUUACGGAAUUAUUGUGCACCAUAAUAACAAUACAGUUGGUAAAGAUCAUGUUCUGUAGUGCACAUUUAAAAUUCUCCCGACGUUGUAUUUAUUUACUGAAGUCCUGUUUACAUUCUUAUCGAGAAGUUAAAUUUGCUCAAAAGAUGUUAAUUCUUUUUCAACAUUUUAAAAUACUACCUGUUUUUUAAUAUAUUCUAUCGAUCGGAAGUGUUUUUUCAAAUUUUUGGAUGGGUUUAAUGGCUGAUCCAUCUUAUGGUGAUCCAGUUUGCCCUUCUUCCUCAUUCUUCGUAUUGUAUUGCCUCAACUUUAUCCUUUCUUUAAGGCUUCACUGGUUUUGGCAUCUCAAAAAUAUGCCACAGUCCUGCCAUCGAUUGUAAAUGAGUUGACGUAGUUGGUCUCUUCUCUUUUUUGGAAGUCUGGCCCAAGAAGGCGCACUUCCUGCCAUCUAUUGUCCAUCUCGUAUAAUCGAUUUUCGACGGAAUAUGUAUCAGAAUUCUGGAAGUCAAAACUCUGGAUUCUGAAGUGAUCCCAAUGGAAGUCGAAGUCCUGGGUGAUACAAAGUUCCUACUAGUGAUGGUGCUUGAUAAAUCUGCUUCUCUGCAGUAUAAUUUCAACCUACAAACGGCCUAUAAGGUUUAUUUAUCCCAGUUUGAAAUGGGCUGAUUCUUUUAGGAGGAUUUCUUGAUUCAUUGGAGUUUUAUCUUGUGCACAACUGGUGGAAAACGUUUGAUGUGAGAAUGGGUUCCCACUUUUCACUUGUCUUACUUCGUGCUCUUUUAUUUAGUUUUGUUAUUAUUGGAACUCCAUCUCUUUGUUAAUGUAUUCUUCAUUUUUCAAAAGUUCUGAAAUGACAGUCAUUCUAUCUGAUUUCAGGAUCUUCUAUUUUUGGCUUGCACUCACCCUGAAAAUAGAAGCAUUCUCACCUGCAUGGAAGAAUGGCCAGAGUGGAUAUUAGAAGUUCUUAUUUCCAAUCAUGAGGUAAAACUAAUUUACAUUUCAUUUUUACAUUUUGUUUUCCCAGCUGCUUGUCUGUUUUUGGCUAUUUCUCAGAUGAUAUCUUAAUUUAGUUUUUAUGUUCUGGACUUUCGUGUAGCUCGGUGCUACAAAAGAUUCAUCUGGUGCAACAAUUGGAGAUGUAGAAGAUCUCAUACAUAAUUUCUUAAUUAUUAUGCUCGAGCAUUCUAUGCGACAGAAGGACGGUUGGAAAGUUAGUUUGCUCUUUCUUAACUCCUCACUUUUGGUGGUUUUCUAUUGUUUUGGUUUGGUAUUAGCUGUUUGGUGAUCCAAAUAUGGUUCAGUGUACUUUCCAGUGCUUUAUCUUAGUUGGUUUUUAGUAGACUUCAUUUUCCGUCUGUUUUGACAGUCGUUGAUCUGCACCCACUUUAGGAGGGUCAGGGUGAUGUCUGGGAUAUAUAUCAUAGACACGUGCGAUGUUAUGGAGAAGAUUUCUACCGAAAGCUUAGUGUUUAUUGAGGGUCAAUAGACAGCUUUGGAACUGACCUUACCCAACAUAAUUCGAUUUCUGGUCCAUGUGCUUUGUCAAUUGAGCUCCUUCGUAACACGUACGUCUCUAAUAUAAAAGGAUCAUGAUAAGAAAUGGAUGGCUAUCCAAUAUGAAAGUGGAUGGUUAUUUUAUGGUGAAUGGUCAUCCAAUAUGAAACUGUUGAAUUUUCUUUUUAAUCCUUCCGUGUCAAAUAGCUGAGAUUUGAUUAUGACAGCUCUGUAUAGAUGAAAAUUGUAAAAGUGAAAUACCAUAAGGAACAUCACCGUAUUUUUCGACUGGUGAUUGUAGGGAAACUAUUAAGUUGAGGUACUAUGGAUUAAUUUUUUAUUUUAUACUAGUAAACGUGAAAAGGAUGCUUAUACUUUCUGCAUGCAAAUUCUUUACAAUUUAUAAUUUGCAUGUCCUUCAUUAUUCUGUAGGAUGUAGAAGCAACCAUUCACUGUGCAGAAUGGUUGUCAAUGGUCGGCGGAUCUAGCACAGGUGACUUGCGAAUCAGGUACCUAAAUGACAUAAAACAUUCAUGGAAGAGUACCUUAUCGGUAUUGUUCUGUAUUUUUCUCUUUUUGUUUGGCAACCAAGCCAUCCCAUUAUGUCUGUUGCAAUUUUUUCUGAUAUUUUCAUUAUUUUCAGUAGCUCAACUCAUGAUCCUUUUGUGCUUAGCACGCAUAAUUUUUGCUAAGGAAAAAGUGCAGCAGCGAAUGGUGCAGGGUUGGUCAUAUGUAUCUAGUCGUUUUAUGUAUUUUUUGGUUCGGUUUGGUAUUCUGUUUCGUUAGUCUCUUCUGAAAAACAUGACAACAAUUAGAUUGAAAAAGUAAGAUUCUCUUUUAGUCAGUCUCUCAAAAUCUAAUUACCAGUCUUUGACAUGUUUCGAAACUAAUUGAUGUCCUUUUGCUUUUUAACUCACCGUUUGACGGCUUACUUAUCAGACAAAUCAGUUUGCAUAAAGAGCUGUCAUCUAGACCACUAUUAUAUAAUUUGCUGAAGUGAAGGUUAAUCGCUCUCCUGCCAUGACAAGGGAAAUAUACCUUCAUAUCAGUUCAUUUCUUGAGGUUCUCUUGUGCUAGAUUUCUUCUCGGUUAUAUUCAUUAACUCUGCCUCAGAUCCCGUCAUGUCGAGGGGCAUUAAUAUCUGGAUAUUUAUUAAGGAAUUAUGCUCUGUUUCUUCUUGGUUUUCUUUGGUGAUUAUCCUUAAGGCUUUUAUUCACUCUGCCAAUGGAAGUGAAUUUGUAAAACUAGGUAAGGAGAAAAGCAUUGAUCAACUUAGGAGUAUGUUUAUAAAUCAUUGAUGUUCUACAACAAGAAAGAAAUGUCAUUUUCCAUGUAAAAAGUUCACAAUGUUGCUAAAGGUUACCGUGUUAGUAGCCCCAUAUUGGCUAUUAGAAAAGAAAGGUUGCAAAAAUUAACCCACUCCUUUUAUUAUCAAUCAGUUUUGAGUAAGAUGGCUCAAUAACUCUAAGAUGACAUCAGAGCUGAUGAUUGCCUUUGAGAUAAAGGCACCUCAUUUAUAUUGUCACAUGGUAUACGCCAAAAGUCGGAUUACAAAUAAAGGGGCGUACUAGAAUAUCUCUGUAAAAAUUCUAAAAGAAGAUCCGUGAUUCUGAAGGUGGACGAUCUCCAUUGUUUGCUAUAUAGUUUUUUUGGAUGUCUCAAUAGCUCCAAUAGGUAUAUUAUGUCAGUCUGAAAAAAGACCGUGCCAAGCCCAUGUAAUAGCAAUGCUUGAACUGUCUCUGCAUGCAAAACAACAUCAAUCGGAGACAACUCUCUCUCAAAGACUUCCUUCCCAAAAGAUUGAUUUCGUCGCUAAUUUUUAGAUCAAAAUAACGAAAUCAUCGGUUGAAAAAGGUGGAUCAUCGCUUGGAUUUUCAAGUUGGUUUUACUAGUAAUUUAGAUUGGUAUAUACUUUGAUAAGAAUGUUUUGUUAAUUUUUUCUGGAUCAACCAGGGUAAUGCUCUAAUAAUAUCAGUUCUUCGCAAUGAUCCAAAAGAGAUUAAAACUGAAAGUUGUUUUAUGAUCUAAAUCAGGGUUAGCUGUUUUGGACUUUGGAUUACUCUUAGGUAACUAGAUAGCUGAAUUGAUUCAACCCAUAUCAUGUGACGAUGCUAGUCGCACAAGUCAAAUCAUAUGACUCCUAAUUUUUAAUCAAUUUUACAUUUUUAUUAAAUUUCACCGAAUAUAGAGUGCCUGCAAUAAUUUAUCGGGUUGGUUUGGUUUCGAUGAGACCAGGACCCUCACCAGUUCUACAUCAGGGAGGGGUUUUUUAUAUCAAAAUUCAAUUGAUGAGAAAGGGCAUAAAGGAAACCAAAAUGAAAACGCUGUCAUCUUCUGGAACAAGAUAUAUCCAUUCAUUCAGUCUUUGUAUGAUGUCCCCUGACACUUAAUAUUACUGGAGCAAGAUUUGUGUUGGUAGAGCGUUUAAGAAACCUUGUUAGAGGGUGCGGAUGAUUUUCUUAAUUUGUACAUUUUGUGGCAACAUAGUGGGUUUUGUACAUUUUUGAUGGUACAUUACUUUGCUUCAUUUUUACCUCAUUUUCGAAUUUGUUCUCCAGUUUUUUACUUACUCAAUUCUAUAUUUUCAAGACGUGAAGAAUCAUUUCCUAUUUUCAAGAGAAGGCUCCUUGUUAGCUUGCUUGACUUUGCUUCCAGGGAACUACAGGUUCAGGUAAUUGUUUUACCACUUUUUUUUUUAAAUUAAAGAUUUCAGUUUUAAGUUUUAUCGAAUUAUCCAAUUCAUGUUAUCCAAAGUGUCAUUUUGUCGCCUCUGCAUACUUUCUUUCAUUCGUUGGUAACACCAUCACCUUUUUCUAUCUAGAGGACUCAAAACGACUCUUAUGUGAUUACAUGUACUUGUUGAACUCUAAUAUUGGUACGAUGAUCAGCUGCAAAAGAAAUGGGACAAUAAUAUCUAGGGUGUGAUCCACAUUUUGUUUGCCAGAGAUGUUCUUCCCAUUUUUACUGCCAAUGUAAUUACCUGAGUUUGUUGAUCUAUUGGAUUCAAUUAUGCCGUACCCUUCAUUAUGGAUGCAAUUCAUGAGCUCCAGUGAAAUUUGUUCAGCUUGGGAAUAAUGUAGAUGUAAAUUUUUUGAUCUGCUAGUUAGUGUCCAAGUUGUCUAUAUACAGUCGUGGGAAGCUGAUAUGUUUAUUUUGAAUGCGCUAUUCAUCACUUGGGAGCGUGGAAAACGGUCAUAUGGAUAUGAAAUGAUAAAUGUAUCAAGUUAUUUUGGUGACUUAUUAUUAUCAUGUUGGCAGUGGAAAUGAAAAUACCGAAUCAUCAAGAUAUCUAAGUCUAAUUUGAAGCAAUCUUAUGUGGUUUGAAGACUGGUCUAGAUUAUGGUAUUAAUGGGAUGGCUGGCACUAACCUAAAUCUGGUUACUCCUGCCAAUCGCCAAAGAGUAUCACUUUAUUCUAUCUAUCCAACAUUGUCAACUGAUUGUGGUUGGAGAGCCUUUUUGAGAUAAAACACAUGUGAACCUCGCUCGGAUUUUAUUUCUUAACGUUGUAGUCCCCCAUUUUGUAAACUGCAUUGCAUGUACAUGGCUUCAGCUGUUUCCUCCAGUUUUGAGCCUACAGGAUGUGUGGGGAAACUGCCCCACUUAAGCAUUCAACCUACUUUGGUGAAACAGUUGUGCUUUACCUGUCUGGAUUUCUCCUCUGAUGGAUGUGAAUAAUCUUGCUAAAGUUUUCUUUCACUCUUUCACCGCGUGCUGAUGAAUUCUUCUGCUCACCCGAUUUGAUGUUUCUUAGAUUUAUGACGAAACAAUUUUUUUUUACUUUCAAGUUCCUGGAAAAUUACAUUAUUAUGCAAAUCACUACAUCCAUAUUUUUCUAUGCUGCAGACUCAAGUUAUUGCUGCUGCAGCAGCUGGUGUUGCAGCAGAGGGUUUGUCACCGCAGGAGGCUAAAGCAGAAGCAGAAAGUGCUGCUCAUCUUUCUGUGGCUUUGGCUGAAAAUGCUAUUGUAAUUUUAAUGCUUGUAGAAGAUCAUCUACGGUUGCAAGGUCAACUUUUUGCUGCUUCUAAUUCGUUGGAUGGCUCUUCGUCUCCCACUUCGUCAGCUGUUGGCCACUCAGAUUUGCUUGAUAAAGCUAUUGGUGAAACUUCAGAUAUUUUAAUCUCUAAAAAAUCUCAGUUGUCCAGUGACGCCGGAGGGCUUCCAUUGGAUGUAUGUAUAUUGCAAUUUUUUUGCGUUUUCAACCUUGCCACUUCUUCUAACAUUUCCUCAGUUAUUUACUUAAAGUUUUAUUUCUUGUGUUUGCAGCUUUCAAUAUUUUUUGAAAUCUUACUCAUUUAUUAUUAUUUUCCCAUCAGAUCCUCGCUUCAAUGGCUGACGCCAAUGGCCAAAUCUCUGCAGCAAUAAUGGAGCGGCUUACUGCUGCAGCUGCAGCGGAGCCUUAUGAAUCUGUUCGGUGUGCCUUUGUAUCAUAUGGGAGUUGUGGAUUAGAUUUAGCUGAGGGGUGGACAUAUAGAAGCCGAUUGUGGUAUGGUGUUGGUCUUCCCUCCAAAACCUCUUUAUUUGGUGGUGGUGGAAGUGGCUGGGAGUCCUGGAACUCUGUUUUGGAAAAAGAUUCUGAUGGAAACUGGAUUGAAUUUCCACUGAUAAAGAAAUCAGUUGCCAUGCUUCAAUCAUUAUUGUUAGAUGAAAGUGGCAUUGGUGGUGGCCUUGGUAUAGGAGGGGGUUCUGGCACUGGAAUGGGUGGGAUGUCACAGCUAUACCAGUUGUUAGACAGCGAUCAACCAUUUUUAUGCAUGCUUCGUAUGGUACUUGCAUCAAUGAGGGAAGAUGACAACGGUGAAAAUGAUAUUUUCAUGAGAAAUAUCAGCGUCAAACAAGGAAUAUCAGAAGGAUUAUAUUGGCAUGGUGCAAAUACGAUGAAAGUGGACAAUCCUAGCCGUAUGGCAAUGAGAAAACCUCGUUCAGCUCUGCUCUGGAGGUGAUACAGUUUUUCACAUCAUUACAUUUUUCUGAUUUACUUUGAUUUGACGAGACUAAGAUAAUAACCACUUGGUUGUCCGCAAGUCAAUCGUCGUAACCAAUUUUAUAUGAUAAGAAUUGUCUAUUGACGGGUCUUUAUUCACUUUUGUUAUCUUGCUAGUUGACAAUUGUGAAUUUCGAUACAUUCCUCACAUAUUUCUCAUGUCUAGAAAUCUGUUGAUUUUUCUAAAUCAUUGAAUAAAUGCAUGCAAAUAAAGCACAUUUUAUUAAAGCAUGUUUAUUCUUUGUCACUUACUGGUCAUCACUUGUUCCUUUAACUUGAAAAUAAAGACUAUUCAACUUGUUCUUUCCGUUGUCACUUUAAUGUGGGACUUGGAGAGUUUAUUUUUGCACAGUACCUAUUGUUUUCUGAUGGCUUAUGCUUCUACUCUUUCCAUGCUUCAAGCGGUUCCAUGAGACAAAAAUGGGCUACAAUAUUUGUUAAAUGAAAACGGGAAUAGUUGGCACACACAAUUAUAAGGUGCCUCAGUGAAUGUAUCUUAUGCCCUCGUACGCCAGUGUAUAAUCUUAGAUCGCUGAUAGAACAUUGCAUAUCUCGUCUGCAAACCGUUACCACUAGGGAUGAGAAGUCUGAAGUAAGUUAGGAAAGUUCGGAAAUAACCAGCUAUGCUGCCUUUAAGAUAUUUAUCAAAGAUCGUAGCUUAUUUUCUAAAAAUCUUUGCUGAAGAUCCUCUUAGAAAUCUCUUGUGUUGGAACUAUUUCAAGAUAUUUUCCCAACACCGCUUCUAUUGCUAGGUAGGCUUAAGAGUUGGAAGGCAGAGGGAAGAAUUAUUUCCCAGGUGAUGAACUGUGGGUUAGUUUGUGAUCGACUUUAAUAAAAUAACAAGUUUAUAAUCAGUGAUACGUUCAACUGGAUGCUCAUUAAAACUGCGUGGAAAUUAUUUCAUUUGAAGACAUUAACCCUCCCAUGGUUUAGAAUUACGCACUUUUUGUGCCUAUGAUGGAAUUAGCUCUUAUUUAUGAUGCUGCUUUUCUGGUAUAGAGUCUACAGUUUGUAAUACGACUGUUACGCUCCAAUAGGUCUAAACUUUUAUUAUGAUUAAGCAUAAAACAAUUAUAAUUAAUCGUAUUUAGUUGUCUUGCAAAAUGUAUGUUUUCAACGCAGAGGACUUAGGUAUUUGAUUGGUAAGGCUAUCAUUAUUCACAGGUUUGUAGCUAUUGACUAGAACACGAAAAUUUAUCCCAAAUUAUGGCUUGCCGCUAUUUGUAAGUUACCUAUUUCACAUUAUUUUUUGAAUGCCAUCAGUCUGAUGAUGUGAUAAAAAGAUGUCUCAAGGAACGUGUGUGGCAGACUCAUUUUACACCACCUGGUAACCUAAAACAGGAUAAAUUUCAUUUGCCACGUGCUUGUGGCCUAUAUGAAGGUUGAGGUGGAAGAGAUGUUGUUUCUGGGAUCUGCAGCCUUUGUUGUGUCACUCCAGCAGUCUGAGCAAAUUAGUGACUUUCAGUGCUAUGGAAUAUUGUUUCUCUUUAAUCUAAUUUUGUAAUUUUUUUGUGUGGAAGAACACGAUCACAUUUUAUGGAUAAAAUAUUCUCGAAUCAAAAUCAGCACCUUUCUGUGAAAUGUUUCCCUCAAAAGUCUUCUAAUAGACGACAAAAUAUUUGUUCUGAAUAACAGAACCAUUGGAUUUUCUGUGAUAUUUGUACAGAAAAUGUGGCUCUUAUCUUUAUUAGUUGUUGAGGGUAAUGUGUAUAGCCUAAAACUUGGAAAAGUUUACAAAAGUCCAGGAGUUGAUGAAAUUGUGGUACCUAUUUUUUCUAGUCGCCACUGGUCAUUUUGUUUCAUGAAGGAUCUUCCUGCAACCUGUUGUACUAUCUUGUGGGAAAUGUAUAGGCACAUAUAAGAACAGCUUUCCUAUCCCAUAGAGUUGUCCAGCUACUGGAGGAUUUCGUAGGGCUUGUUCAUGGGCAGAAUCUUGAGGAUUUUGCUCUGCACAUCAAAUUGAGAAGUUGGAAUUUUUUUUAACUGUGGUCCUGUUUCUUGGAACUCUUAGAGUUUUUGCAGAGUGGGCAUCCCUGCCUUGUGUUGCUUUUGUUUAUUUUGGAACCUUGUUGUCUUCUAUAUUAGUAUUUUUGUUCCUUAAUGACACGUUAUAAAAGUAUCUUGUUCCCAAUGAAUUGCUGCUUUUGGCCAUCCUCCCCCCUCCCUCUUACGCUGAUGUGAAUUUCAGUAUGUCAGUUUGGGGCUGUCUCUAUCUGGCUGGUCCAUUGACUUGCAGUCUUUGGCAUCAAAGUCUCUUUGAAACUAUAAUAUACAAUAACUAAUUCCGUAUUUAAUCAUUUGCAGUGUGCUUGCACCCAUUUUGAACAUGCCAAUAUCUGAAUCCAAGAGACAAAGGGUAUUGGUUGCAUGUUGCAUUCUAUACUCUGAGGUUUGUUUCAGCUGUCUUAUUUAUUUAUUUUUUCUGUCACCAUUAUCCUGUUUCCUGAUAGAAGAAUAGGGUAUCUCGUGAAUUCCAAGUCUUUAUCUUUUUAGAGAUUUGCUGCCGGAGCUUUGUGAGUUUGCAUUUUAUUUUUUACUUUUUUGAUUCAGUCUUAAGUUUUGUUUAAUAUGAUUUGGAGGACUCUUGUUCAUUGACUAGUUAUGCUACUCAGGUAUGGCAUGCUGUUGGCAGGGACCGGAAGCCUCUACGCAAACAGUACUUGGAGGCAAUUUUGCCUCCUUUUGUUGCCAUUCUAAGACGUUGGCGUCCGCUUUUGGCUGGCAUUCAUGAACUCACUUCUCUAGAUGGCCAGAAUCCCCUCAUUGUAGAUGACAGGGCCUUAGCUGCUGAUGCACUCCCUCUUGAGGUAAUUUCAUUUGGACCUCAUGUUACCUUCUCUCAUGUUAAUCCUUAUUACUGUCUCAUUAACACUUGGUGCAAAAUAAUGGACAUUCCCGCUCGUAGCUUUGAUUUUAAUGUCCACAAUUCAAACGGAAAGAAAAAAUCAUGAGAAAACCAUCUCCACUCUUGCUUUUAAUUUUUCUUAAAAUACCAAAUUACUUAUAUUUGGUAUAUAAAACUGAAUUGUAUGCAUCGAGAGAAGCCCAACUUUUUACAUAGGGUUCUGUAACUGCCGUCAAGGUUCAAGUAAAAUUGUCUUCCCAGUCAAUUGGGCCACUGAAUCAAGUGAUCUUCAAGAUGCCAUCUGAAAUGUUUUUUGUAUCCUUCGGAAACAUUUCGUUGUGUCACUGAAUCCAUUGUUGGAAUGAGUCACUCGUCGUGGGGCAUUCCAUCUGGUAAACAUCUAGAUUCGUAAUAGUUAGUAUUGUUUGUUUUAUUCACUCCUAAUCCCAAGGUGGUGUCAUAUCAUUAUCCGGCUUCACUUUCGGCUUAAGAGAAGCAGAUCUUGGGUUUUAAACUGCGUGUAGUGGCAGAAGUUUUUUAGGGAGUGGGCAUAUGUACUUACUUAUAUUGGCCUAAAACAACGGAAAGGUAGGCAGGAAGGCUGGAAGGCUAUUUUUGCUUUUCAGUUCCCAAUAGGCUUGCUACACUGGUGAAGAUGCGCGUAUACCUGCUGCCUGCUUGCUUUGGUCAUUCCAUGUUUAUCCCAUCUUAAUGCAUUUUGACAUUGAUAUUGAAAACGUAUGAAAUGCUUGUGAAUAAAUUUCCUCUUUUGGUGAAAAGCAAUCCCAUUCGUUGUUGACCUGGGGUUGGCAGUAAAACUUCUCUUGGUAAAAUAGGAUGGUAAUGCAAAGACAUUAUCUAGAUAGGUCGGAGGAAGACCAAGUUGAUUAGGGAGGGUAAUUUUUUUACUUCGCAUAAAGGAGUGAAAAUAGUGGAUAGAUAUAGAGUCCAUCCAGAGUGUCCUGUGGAUUAUUGGGUAAGGUUAGUGGACCUCGGAUUGGUGGGAGUGGAGAAUAAGAGAGUGAGAGUUAAAAGUUUGUAGGGAUUCCGUGGAUCUCCUGUUUUCAAGAGUCUCACUCCCACAGGAUGCUUGUCGAGAGGUAUUAAAUUACAGAGGUAUGUGGUAGUACUCUAUGACUGCAGGAAGGGCCCAUUGGCUCAUCAUGUAUGCCUGGCACUCGACAGAUUCCGGCUCACAUUGACUGGGCUUGAUGUGUUAAUUCCUGAUGGAUUGACCAGUAGUUGACUGAUCUAACCCCAAUUGGCUGACAGAACUCAGUCUGACUGGGGCAAAAUUGUAGGCUGACAAGGAUUAAGGAAUCUCUAAUCAGCCAAUCUGGUCAGCCAUUCUGACUCUGUAUACUGUGCCUGGAUUUUACCCUUUGUGCAGUCAUGGAGGGAGAAAUACUCGGUUAUUCUGAAGAAAAAGUUAUUUGAUGGAAGGGGUAUUAUUUUUUUAUCUGAGAUGACAUGCUAGAUGGGUAUCAUUUUGCAUCUUCUGCAUGUAGUUAAGAGUUUACUUUCGACUGAUUAGGCUAGGGUUGCUACCUUAUUGGAAUCAUUUAGCAGGAUAUGGUACACAAUUUGUCUGUUUGCUUUUUGUGACCCAAUAGUACCAUUUAUUAUCAAACCAGAAUGCCAAAUUUAUGAAAGCAAUACUUGGGAGUCUUAUUAGGAAUUACAGGACAUUUGUACGGUUGUAGAACAUCACUUUGUGUUAGCAUGGUAGAUAUAACCGAUUUAGUGUUUCAAAGUCCCAGUCGGGUCCUUGAAACUAAAAGUGAGGCACUGAUUUUUGUUUGAUUUAAAAUGCUGGUGUGAAAAUAAAAAUUUCCUGCGAAAUGAUCAAACACACAACACUUGUAUUGGGGGUUGCAGUCUGACUUAACACUUGUUCUUCUAAAUUAGAUACCACUUCCUUUUACAGAUUGGCAACCCAACGUGCCGAUUGUACCAUUUUAUAACUGAAAAGUAUUUACCAUUAUUAAGCUUCAGCUACACAACGAAAACAAAACAUAAAUCAACGUUUAAACUUCUAGUGAGAAUAAAAAUGUUUGAAGAAGCGUGGUUGACGGAGGAAGCGUGUUUGAAGCAUGGCUUCAAUGCUUUUGAGUUCCAACGAUAAACUUUUUGAACGGGCUUUUUCUCUUUUUUUUCAUCAUUAUUCAGGGUAAACUAGCCAUUAGAAGUUUUUGUGUCAGCACUUGGGUGUCAAGUGGAGCUCCUAUACCAUAACUCUCAGGCCUUGGGCUCAUUAGUUUUCAGUACCACGUAGGUGUCAACUUGUAUGCAACAUGAUCCUUUCUUUUCCUUAGGUGCCUUACUCGUAACAUGCAAUGACCGCACAUGGACAACCUAUCUCAUAUUUUUCUACAUGUAUUGACCCCUACUCUUCCAGUGCUUGCACCAUACAUCUUUGGUUAAGGUCUUAGUUCCUGUCAUUUUGAAUUUUGCAUGUUUCAACAAUAAAUAAUUUUUAAAAAAAAUGCUACUCAAAAUGGUGUAAUUAGGCUAUUUAAUGUUAACAUUAUUUACACUAAUUAAUAAAAAAUCUAGUAAAGACAAUAAUUAGGAUUUUCUAAUAUUCGAAAUCACUUUAUCUGGAUCCACAGAAAUCACCUUAUCUGGUUAUACGUGCAAAUCCCUAUGUGAUAAUGUUCACUUUAGAAAAUGGAGACUUUGCCGUUUCAUAUACUCUUUAUACUGCGAAUUCUGUGGAUCCAGUCUCAGUUUUCCAGUUUUAAAUUCUUUUUGUGUACUUCAUAAACUAGGUAAGUCCUUUGGUUUAUUGGUUGCAUGCUUAAGAUCAUGAUGUUUACAUGCCAUUUGGAAUUUGGUUUUGAUAGUUAUGCUCCUUAUCUUCCAUUGUCGUAUAAUUUUUGGAAUGAUUGAUGCAUCGUUUAACGGGUGGUUUCUUCUUUUCAAUUUAGGCUGCUCUUUCAAUGAUUGCCACUGGAUGGGCUGCUGCUUUUGCAUCACCUCCAGCUGCAAUGGCAUUGGCAAUGAUAGCUGCUGGUGCUGCUGGUGGAGAAACUGUAACUCCUUCAAUCAAUAUAUCACUCAAACGUGACAGUUCCCUGCUUGAAAGAAAACAAGUCAGACUGCAUACAUUUGCCAGCUUCCAAAAGCCUCUUGAUCAGCCUGACAAAUCUCCUCCUGCUCCAAAAGAUAAAGCAGCUGCCAAGGCUGCUGCUUUAGCUGCUGCACGUGAUCUUGAGAGAAGUGCAAAAAUUGGUUCUGGAAGAGGUCUUAGUGCUGUAGCAAUGGCUACCUCAGCACAAAGGAGAAGUGCAAGUGAUGUUGAACGUGCCAAGAGGUGGACUGUCACUGAAGCUAUGGGAGCAGCAUGGAUGGAGUUCUUACAGUCGAUCGAUACAAAAUCUGUUUCUGUGAAAGAUUUUUCUGCUCUGUCAUAUAAAUAUGUUGCAGUCCUUGUGGCUUGUUUUGCUAAGGCAAGAAAUAUGCAGCGAUCCGAGGUAACCGCAGAGUUAUACUGAUCUGGUAAUUCUAAUUUAGCUGUAGGCUCAACCCCGUUUCUAACUCCUUGCAGAUUGAUAGGCGUGCCCAAGUUGAUAUGAUAGAUCAACAUCGAGCAUCUCUUGGACUUCGCAAAUGGCGAAAGCUUAUUCAUUCGUUAAUUGAAUCAAAUAGAUUUUUUGCUACCUUCGGUGACCACCUACUUGAUCCUGAAUAUGUAUGUAUAAUUUUUUGCCACUCUAAAGCAGUCUUUCAAACUUAAGUUUCAUUUUAUUGUCUAUAUGAAGUCAUUUUAAGAUUAUGGACAUAUACUUCUUUCUGGCCAACGUAUGGUCUCGAGUCAUGUCACAUAAGGACACUUCUUGUCUAGUUAGUGUUUUAUUUUUUCUUUUGUAUCCUCUGACGGUCAUAGUUGGUGUCAUAACUAGGAUAUCCUUAUUUUCGAUAAUAGUUAAUUAAUUAUGUAUGGCUUUGCUGUUCAAUACAUUCUCCGGCCAUUGAAAAUUGUAAAAAUGAAAAUAUAUGCAGGUUUUCUGGAAGUUAGAUUUUACAGAGAGUCCUUCAAGAAUGAGAAGAUUCUUGAAGAGAAACUACAAAGGGUCUGACCAUUUCGGCGCUGCUGCUAAUUAUGAAGAUAAUCAGCAUCAAUCUAAACUUGACGAGCAGACAGCACCGUGCCAAACUGUUUCUGAAGCUACAAUUACCACUGACCUUUCUUCUUCUGCUUCUAUUCUUAUGGCAAAUGCAAUGUCCCUAGAGGAAGGAGACGAAUAUGAUGAGCACAUUGAAUCUGAGAUUGCCGACGACAAUCGGAGUGCUAAACACCAAGUGCAAUCAGGAUCCUUUGAACAAUCUGUGAAAGGGGAAUCACAGAUUCCAUUGACCUCCAACAAUGAGAAUUUGACACAUAUGGAACCAGUUGUUGCCCCUGGCUACGUGCCUAGUGAAUCUGAUGAAAGAAUUGUGUUUGAACUUUCUUCUUUAAUGGUGAGGCCAUUAAAGGUUGUGCGAGGGACUUUCCAAGUAAGUUGUAGAUCUCUGCUAUGCCUUAUCUCAUUUUUCUUUCUUUGAGAACGUUACCAGGAAUCUUUUGGUUUUUUGAUUAAUAAUUCAUUUUUAAACCUCUUGUCGAUGUUUGCGUACCUCAAACUUGUCUUUGUACUUUUAGUUUUUGCUUUACUUUCAGUAUGAAUCAUAUUUCUGUUUGAUGGCAACUUUGCGUUUUUAACAUCUGCAUAGUUCUCAAUUACUGGUGAAUGAAGUGUUCGAACCUGAUCAGAUGGUAGUUGGAUUUGGCCAAUGAAAUAUUUUAUUAUUUAAUAUAAUUUAUUAUUUUGACGCAGCAAUCAAGUGUUGUAUGCAACUCUAUGGUUUAUUUUGUUCUAACAUGGCUGUGAAAUGGCAUCCACAAUUCAGAUAACAACAAAGAGAAUUAAUUUCAUAAUUGGUGUCCAAGACAAUGACAUGGAUGAUGAAGUGUCUCCCAUUAAAAAAAACAACUGCCAGGAGAAGGACAGGAGCUGGCCAAUAUCUUUCCUUUACCAAGUUUUCAGCAGAAGGUAAUUAUAUCUUUGUCAUCUCUUAUCAUAUCUGGAUACGAUUCCUUUUUGUUUUCGCAAUGGAAUGCUAAUACAUAUUAGUUUUUCAUUCAUUUUGGUGUCAUCAAGGUCAUGGUUGUUCAACUGUUUCUGCUUCCAUAGAACGUCAUUUUGUAGAUGUUAUUAUCAUAUCUGCUACGUUUUGUGACUAGAUGUAGGGUCUCUGUUUGAGUCGUUCUAAAUAAUUGUAUGAUAAACAUGUGGUAAUUAUGAUACGUUCUCUGUUUCAACCUUGUGGAAGGUUCAAGGGAUGUGGUGAAAUAUCCAUAAUGUCUAAUCUCUGAGAAAAGCCAGCAUUAAUCCAUAGGUGCUGCUUCUUUGAACUUCGAGUCUUGGAGUGGACUGCUAAUUUGUCUCUCUGUACCAUUCCAAACUUCUCUCACUAUCCAAGUUUGCUGAAUCUACUCCAUUCUUGUCAUCGUCAGGGUCUCAUUUGUAGUGACUUAAUCUCUGCUCAUUUCUGUCAUAGCUACUUUAUGGUAAACAUAUCCUUUCUUACUUAUGACCUUUUGUUAUUCAUAUUCAUCUUCUACACCCUCUCAAGUUAUUACAAAUGCUUUGACCGAUUCAAUCAUUCCAUUUCUACAUAAUGAGAGAAAUAAUAUUAUUUUCUAUGAAUGCCUAUGCCAUUUUCUAGACGCUGGCAUGUUUUGUCAAUUCCGAGAUAGAUAUAUUCUGGAAUUAAAGAAUUAUAGUCAGGCCUUCUUACUUCACUGUUAAUUAGUUAUCAUUGCAGUUACCGUAUUAUUUCAUCAUUGCAGGUAUCUUCUGAGGAGGAGUGCUUUGGAAAUUUUUAUGCUCGACCAAACAAACUUUUUCUUUGAUUUCGGGGUAUAAACACUGCCAUGCCUUCCUUUUGUUAUUUCCGUUAAAAAUCAGAAUGCCUGUGACUGUUUUUGUAUGAAUGGGCCAUAAUAAUAUUUAAUGGGAUUUCCUCCAGAGCACUGAAGGACGUAAGAAUGCAUAUCGCGCAAUUGUUCAAGCACGACCACCUCAUUUGAACAAUAUCUAUCUUGCGACUCAGGUUAAUUAUUAGAAAUUUAAUAGUAUGCUCUUCUAUGAUGGGACAUUUACUUUUCAAAUGCUUUUAUUCUGAUUCUUCUGGUGACAAUAGAGACCUGAGCAACUUCUUCGAAGAACUCAGCUUAUGGAACGUUGGACCAGAUGGGAGGUAAACAGUAGUAUUUUUUAUGCUUCUUUCCUGGUUUUUUUUUUUUUUUUUUUUUAACCAAAGCCAUUAGAACUGAACAGGGUAAUGCCUUGCUGACAGAUUAGCAAUUUUGAAUAUCUAAUGGAGCUGAACACUCUGGCUGGGCGUAGUUAUAAUGAUAUUACACAGGUUGAUAUGCUGGAGUCCAAUGCAGGUAAAACUCUUCAUUUGGUGGGUUUUAUUGCUAAUUUUUUCUGUAUUCUAUUGCAGUAUCCGGUUUUUCCAUGGAUUUUGUCAGACUACACCUCAAAAAGCUUGGAUCUUGGAGAUCCUUUGUCAUAUAGAGAUCUCUCCAAGGUAGCCAUUAAACAUGUACACGUAUACUCUGUUGUUAUUGGCAUCGACUACAUUAUGAUUCCGUUCAUUGAUUUUUUCCCGCAGCCAAUUGGUGCAUUGAAUGCUGAACGACUAAGGAAGUUCCAAGAGAGAUACUCCAGCUUUGAUGACCCAGUCAUUCCCAAGUUUCAUUACGGAUCACAUUACUCCAGUGCAGGAACUGUAAGCUUAUAUUUCAAUAUUGUUUUUCGUAGUCUGUCCUUAUUUUGGACAUGUAUAGUAUUUUUACACGAGAACCAUGUUGACCUCCGUAGGUAAGGGCUGUCAAGAAGUUAAAAAGUUUCGUUGCAAUCAAAUAAUAUUUCUCAAUGUAGUAACAUCAUAAAUAUUUAGCUUCAUUGCUGCAUUUUCAAAUGAUUGCUUUACUCUCUAAUCGACUAAAGAAUUUUGCUAAGUAAUUGCCCAAGUUCCGAAAUAGAGUGAUGCAUGAUCAUAAACUCCAAUCCAGGGUCUUGUAGAAACCCUGAAUCUGGAAAUUGUUCUUUCCUGGGUUUUUUUGUGCGGUACAUUUUCACAUCAUUGCUGUUUUUGUCGAAACAUCCUCCUUGAUGUUACUCGAAUAAAAUUCAGGUUCCUGAAUUUUGAUCUGACCUAUACUUCUCGACACUUUCCCUUGUAAGAUAUGAUAUAAAUCAGAUGUUUUGGUCGUAACUUCGUAAAUGACUCGAGUGGAUAUCAUAAAAAGGAAACUAAUGUGAAAUGCUUAGUGGUAUCCUUAAAAUUGUAAAAUAAAUACGUCCAUGGCAACACGAUGGGGAUGUCUCCUGGGUUUCUGGUUGUAACGUCAAUUGUCCAGGAAAUAGAGUUGUCAAUGAUCGGGAUAUUUCCAUAGCAGGAAAUAGAAUUGUCAUGAUAACGUACGAGAAGACCCAUGCCAUAUUGAGCCCGAUAGUUCUAGUAACAUGUCGGAAAGCUUAUUUAACUAAAACGUUGCCAUGUUUUGUCUAAAAUCUCGGUCAGAAGUUAAAUGACGUUGGCAGCUAUCAUUAAUUUUCUACUAUAACCAACUCUGUUUGUAGUUUUGUUUGAAUGUCAUGCUUUUGUCAACUAUGACUUGUAGUCGUCAAAACUUUAUCAAAGAAUGAAAAUGUCACGACUAGAUGUCCAUGCUAGAUAUUUCUUCCUUUCCAUCAAGAGCUCUUUCACUGCUGCCACUAAUGUUCAGUGAAUCUCUAUUUACAGUGAAUCUCGUUCAUAGUGUCUAUAAUUUGGCUGAUAUGCAUCUGCUACAUAUGACUCAAGGUUUUCAUUCGUGAUUGAUUAUUGCAUAUUUUUUGAAAGCACACCUGUCAUAUCAUUUAGUCUGUUUACUGAUUUUGGAGCUUGGUUCACCACUGUGCCGCCGGUUUCAUGUUGUGAUCACUUAUUCCUCUUCUUUGUCUGAACACCUUGCUUUUUGCAGGUGUUGCAUUAUCUUCUUAGAGUGGAACCGUUUACAACUCUUGCUAUCCAACUCCAAGGUGGAAAAUUUGAUCAUGCAGAUCGGAUGUUUUCAGAUAUUGGCGCCACCUGGAAUGGUGUUCUUGAGGACAUGAGUGAUGUAAAAGAGUUGGUAAGAAUUAUUAUGCCAUAAUAUUAUGUAAUCUGGUUUCCUUUUAGACCUCAAUGGAUUCCCCAGCUCUCUUCCAAUUUCUUUCUUUGUUGGAAUCUUUUGUUUUUGUUUAGUCUGCUUUCAUGUGAAGUAUGCUGUUGUUUACUAUUCAUGGUUGAAUGUUCUCAAGGUUCCCGAGCUGUUUUACCUACCUGAAGUCUUAAUGAAUGUCAAUUCUAUUGACUUUGGUACAACACAACUUGGAGGAAAACUAGGUGCCUACUCGUACCUGCUCAGACCUUCAGUGCUCGUACGAUGUCUUGUUUCAUAAUAUGCAUCACUUCUUCUUUUGUAGAUUCUGUUCAGCUUCCUCCAUGGGCUGAAAACCCUGUUGACUUCAUACAUAAGCAUCGCAUCGCUCUUGAGAGUGAGCAUGUCUCAGAACAUUUGCAUGAAUGGAUUGAUCUGAUUUUUGGGUACAUCUCUUUCACUCCGUUAUUGUACAGGUUUUUUUUUUAUGUUUUCAUAUCCAACAUGCUCAUUCUUGACGUUUCUUCGCUUGCAACAUGUCUCAUCAUGCUCCAUUUCACCAAUUUUUUUUUUCCUUUUUCAUGAUCGUGAGUAUCUUACAGGUACAAGCAAAGAGGAAAAGAAGCGAUUGCUGCAAACAAUGUUUUCUUUUACAUAACAUAUGAAGGAACAAUUGAUGUCGACAAAAUUUCUGAUCCAGUAUGCAUAUUUACCCUUUUAAAUUGGUUGCGUAUUUCUUAAAAAGAUGCUGAAAUUUUCUUUUGUUAAAUGCCAUGUAUAGGUUCAACGACGUGCUACACAGGACCAAAUUGCUUACUUCGGUCAGACGCCCUCACAACUUCUGACUGUCCCACACCUGAAGAAACGACCACUGGCAGAAGUUUUGCGGUUGCAGGUACAUCACAUCUUCUUUUUGAACUUUGUUUUCCUCUUCCCUUUAGUCUAGAAAUAUCUCUGGUUCAUUUAUCCAUGACAAAAAAAACAUUAAAAAUUCUCGAAUAAUAUUUCUAUAAGCUGUUCUCUGUCAUAAUUUGUUGUUAUAGUAACAACUCUAUAAUGCUUUUUCAAAUCAAAAUUGAAGUUUACAUAGAUUUUUCUCCUCCUGAAGUAUGCAAUUUUUUUGCAUUUUUAAUGGAACUUUUUUGCUGUGAAUUGCUAUAUUGACAUUAAUAAGCAAGGGCUCGAUAAACACUGUUUGAGGAAAUCAUAAAGAUUAGACCUCGAUCUGAUAUGUUGGGGCAAGGUGAAGGAUCCCCUCUUCAAAUCGAAAAAACAAGCCACGAUGAAAAGUAUCUGCCGGAAAUCAUCUGCUCUUCCCUGAAUUAGUUGUUUCCUUUCUGGUCUGUCAUUUCAAAGCCCUUAUGCAACGCUGGAGGAAAAUCCUUGAGAGAGCAAGAAGAAAAAGAGGGAAGGGAAGGACAAGAAAGUAACAGAAAGAAACUAGGAUUGCAAUGCCACUGGCUAGCGUCUCUUGUUGCGAGCUGCUAGCACCGACCAUAGCUGUCCACUAGGUACCAUUUCAUCCCUGUUCUACCCCCUUUUUAUGAAAUAUGAUAACGAAUGAUCGGCAUACAGGGAGAGGGUUUAGUAGCCUUAAAUGACGAGAAAAGGCAGCGGAUAUUGGCAUUUAAUAGAAAAAUAACUGUUUUGGAAAAAUCAUGGGGACCUGCCUGCCAUAGUUUGGUAGAGUAUCAGUCACAAUGAUACGAUGGCAGCUAGUUGGAACCGUAUACCAUCCUCUUGGAUCAUCUUUAAAAGGGAGAAGGUGUGCUACUCAGUUAUGAACUCAUUGAAGAGUGCUUGAUGCCAGCGUAAAACCCCUUGCAACAUUUUUCCAAUCGCAUUAAAUAGUGUUGAUGGAUCUGUUCUCUGGAAACACUUUAGAUGAAUCGAAAUCAUGUAGUUGUAACCAGAUAUCAACUAUUUUUAUACGAAAAUCCUUUUUACACUAUUGUCUGUCUUCAAUAGUUUUUAUUAUAUCAAAUUCUCGUUUUCCAUCGAUUAGAAAAGAUUCCUUCAAUCAGUUGAUUCUCAAAUCAUUUUAGGAUUUCUGAAAAUUAAAUUAAAAUUUAGGAAUUCAUUCAAAUUAAAAAGUUAUAAUCAUAAACUAUAUCAAAAGUACGUCUAUUUGUCAGUAGAACCUACUUAUUUUCUCUAAGAUACUAAUUAAUUAUUAAUCUAUUUAAUAAGUCUAGUGUAAUGAAUAAUAUAUAUUUAAAACCAGUUUCUUGUCUAAGUGGUGCAUUUGCAUGACUUUACUAUCGUCUUGAUUGCACUUUUAAUGUCAUUAGAUUGUUAUCAUAAACACGAAGUGAAGCAUGAUUAAGUGAUUUCUAGAAAUCAGAAGAUCCAAUGUUAGCAUUUUGGAUGUCAAGUGAGUGGUAUGGAUUGCUGUCGUGAACGGUGGCUCAAGCCCUAGGAGGAUAUAUGGAGGAAAAAUUCAACUCAUAUUUACAUAAAAAAUGACUGUAAUAUACAAGUGCCAGGGCCACAAAACAUGGAAAAUAUCUAACAACCAAGAAACGAACCAACAAACUAGGAAACGGUUCGACUUAGAACCGAACUCCUAAUUAUACAUUCUUUCCCAUAAUAUCUACAUGGAAUCUGGGACAAGUGUGCUCUGGUGUUCACUUUUAAUUUUAAAAAUUAAGAUUUUUGUGUCAUAAAGUUAUCAGUUUUCGCUGGUGAUGAUGUCCUUCAUAUUGCUUUUGAAUACUAAUUUUUACUCUUUUAUGUUAUCCAGACAAUCUUUCGAAAUCCUAGAGAGAUAAAACCCUAUGUCGUUCCAAAUUCAGAGCGCUGCAACUUGCCUGCGGCUGCUAUUUUGGCAUCACAGGACUCCCUUGUGGUUGUGGAUGUCAAUGCUCCUGCAGCUCAUGUAGCGCUGCAUAAAUGGCAACCAAAUACACCUGAUGGAUAUAGGUUGCCAUUCCUCUUCCAACAUGGAAAACCUGUAGGAGGAUCCACCGGUGGAGCAUUCAUGCGUAUGUUCAAGGGACCUGCUAGUUCAAGUUCUGAAGAGUGGCAAUUUCCUCGAGCAUUAGCAUUUGCGGCAUCUGGAAUUAGAAGUUCAGCUAUUGUUGCCAUCACAGGGGACAAAGAGAUAAUUACAGGUAUAUAUGUGUUGUUUUUUCAUCUUUUAGUAUUUCAUUAGGAAACUCCAACCAGGAAGCAUUUUUUCAUUUAUCUUUUAUCAAAUACUUUUUAUUUAAUAAUUGGAAAUGUCUUUUUGACAUAUGCUGAAUUUACUACAUCUUGGACUAUGAUUGCUGAUGAGAGAAGAAGAGCUUCUCAGAUUAAUAUAAUUGUUGAUAAUUGAGAUUUUGAUGGAGCAUACGACACAGUCUCAUGAGACUAACACUUUUUUUGCCUAGUAGGAGAGGGGGUGGGACGUACUACUAAUUUUGUAGAAAUAGAAAAUAAUUAUGGUUAAUAGAAGAGACACAUUUUACACAAGCUUCAUAUGUCUUACGACUGCUACAGACUCGACAGAAAUGUUUUUGCGCGGACAUUUAACCAAAAAAGUUAUGAAACUGGCUGCUAUAACUUCACAAGAAGUUGACGGAAUGAACAACGAAUGACAAUGAAGCUUCUCAAGGAGAACAAGUGUGGUAUCUGCAUGCUAUUUAUGGAAACCCAAUCUCCAUUUAUCAAUGUUGAUGGUAAAAUAGCUUUACCCGUACAUUGCAUAAGAAAGCCAACAUUUCAAAUCUUGAAGGAUACACAGAAAUCGCGAAAUCAGUGACUAUGAAAAACAUCGGUGGCAUCAAACCUUUUGUAUCAACCAAGGUUGAAUUAAGCUCUAUUCCCUUUCCAGUUCCUUCCAUUAACUCCUUUCAUACAGAACACAAUGGCAUCCCUAAGUUUCCAUAUCAGUUACCAUGUCCAAUCCUUGUUCCUUUAGAACUAUCUUAUUCCUUUUAUCAAAUAGGCCGCGUCUUUGUCGGAGCCUAUGGUCUUCUACAAUCUCCAUAACUCGUCCAGCUUUCCAUGCACAUCUACCCUUUGUGCUCAACCUUUCAUGAUUUUUUUUUUGAAAAGAAUCACAGGAAGUGUCAUGCUUUCCCAAGUUUUACUGGCUUUAUAAAUACAAAUAGUAUACUUCGUUUACCUGGAUGACUGUUAAGCAAUUGAGCCAAAAGACUGUUCUAUCAGUUUUUUUUCGAAUGGUGAAAUCUAAGAAACAUUAGUGAAAUUUUUUGGUUGAAAGAAUGUUCAAAUGAGAGACAAAUGCCCAUCUUUUUCAGUUGAUGCAGCCUUGUUGACUUCGUCUUUUUAAAAUGCAGCACGUUAUUGACAUUCUCUCGUAUGGCUUAUAAUUUCUUUUUCUCUUUUUUGAAUUUUUCAAUCUGCCCACAUUUUUAGAUCGCGACUGCAUGACACUGCAUCUAUCUCUGACUAUGGACCAUUCUCAAUUGGUAAAAAGGAGUCUUGUGGUUUUUAUCACCUCUUAUUUUCCUGUAGUACUAUCGCGAAAGGUCUGUAUUAGCAGUGUUGCCUUUAUCAGGACUAAGCUAGCCGUUGAUGUCGUGUAGUUUCAGUGAUGGCCUCCAAUGAAGGUCUGGUGUUGUUAAAAUGUUAAAUAUAUAUGUCUGGUGGGAAGAACUAGCCAAUGGUUGAACACUAUUAAGAAAAAUGAAGCUGUUUAUGUAAUAUCCUAGAAUGGGUAAAAUUGAAUAAUUCACCAUUUCGUAAAAAUAGAAUCCCCAUACCUAUGACUGUCUUGCGAUGAACAUGCGAGACUCAUCAUUGGCAUCGUUCUAACAGACUAAUCUGAAUCUUUGCAUGACCUGUAUAUGCAUUAGAAUUUGCGUCCAUUCCUCUUCUACCCACGCGGACAUGUUUCGUGUCAGACGAAGCUAAAGUUCUAUUGUAUGUCACCCGAUUACCUGAUAUCAAACUAUCCUUGUAUAAUACAGGUGGGCAUGCCGACAAUACGGUGAAGUUGGUUUCAGCAGCUGGAGCAAAGACCAUUGAAACUGCAGCAGGACACUGUGGACCUGUCACAUGCCUCUCAUUAUCAGCUGACAGCAGCUAUCUGGUCACAGGAUCUCGGGAUGCGACUGUCAUACUCUGGAGAAUACAUCGGAAAUCUCCUUCUGGUUUGAGCAAUGCUUCAGAUCCUCCGUCCCCACUGGCAGCAGCCCCUGCGAGCCCUCAAGCAGGCGGUAGCAACCUUCACAGUCUCUCGGAGAUUAGUGGGAGGCGCCGCAUUGAGGGACCUCUUCGCGUUCUAAGGGGCCAUCUUGGAGAAGUAACAUAUUGCUGUGUCAAUUCUGAAUGUGGAGUCGUUGCUUCCUGCUCUGAUGCUUCUGGAGUUCUCCUUCAUUGCCUGAGGAGGGGAAGGUUGAUGAGGAAGCUGGACAUUACCCAGGCGCACACUCUCUGCCUUUCCUCGCAAGGUGUCUUGCUGGUCUGGAACAAUAUUGAUCAGACGCUCAGCACCUUCACCGUCAACGGCCUCCCCAUAGCGACCGCCACGAUUGCACCCCUUCAAGGAAAAAUCAGUUGCAUCGAGAUCUCUGCCGACGGAGAGAAUGCUCUGCUAGGGACUAGUUCUCUUGUGAACGGUAAAUUCCUAGGCCGAGGCAGUGAAUCAGAGAAUAAGAGUACGGCUGGGAAAUCAGACGAGGAAAGGGAUGCAGAUAUUCUCAAUAAGCAACCUGUUUCUGUGCCUUCAAUCUCCUUCGUCAAUCUGCAUAAUCUCAAGGUAUUCAAAGCUACUUCGUCAACAUGGCUUCUUUGUCUCUGUCCCCUUCAAGUCCUAACCGAAUGAGCGAUAAUUCCUUUCGCAGAUAUUCCACACCUUGAGGCUCGAGCGGGGUCAGGAUAUUACUGCUUUAGCCCUAGACGAAGACAACACCAAUCUUCUUGUUUCAACUGCGAAUAAGCAUCUGUUGGUCUUCACCGAUCCAGGCGUAAGUUUCUUUCACCGACCCAUUGUUCACGUUACUGCUUACAGCAUAUUUAUUUCACCUUUCGUCCCAGAAGGGCUUCUAGGGCUCAACGAUUCCCAACUCUUUCCCAUAAGAUAAGCCAUUUUCUGACUUCUCAUCAUUUCCCAUUCGGAAAUCGAAACCCAUGAAGAUUAAACCCGCUGACUUCGCUGCUCAAGCUUUUAAACCUGCAUGAAUUAACUGGAGGUCCAACCAUAGGCUUCUUGUUCCAUGGGCCAACUUGAGCAUGAUUAUUGUUUGGAAAAGAAGAAUAGAAUAGGAGAGAACACCAUCCCUCAUCUUGAAAGCUAAAUCUUAAACGAGAGUGGCCCACCCGCCAUUACCGAAAGGCAGGUCUUUUCACUCGUCGCUGAUGAUUCUCCUUCACUGUGCAGUUGAGCUUGAAGGUGGCCGAUCAAAUGCUGCGGCUCGGUUGGGAGGGGGAGGGGCUUUAUCCGCUCAUGAAGUGA